AUGGUCACUCUUACGGCUAUCAACGACGAAAACGACCAGAAGCUCUUUGACGAGCAGGUUGCUGCUGCUGCCGCCGCCGAGGCCGCCGAGCAGGAGUACUCGGACGUUGGAUCUGACGACGAGGAUGCUGAGGAGGAUGAGGAUGAUGAGUUUGACAUUGAUGAGACCAUCUACGAGCGAGUGGUUGCUCUCAAGGACAUUGUUCCCCCUCAGCAUCGAGUUUUUGCCUCCAAGGCCGCCUCCACCAUCUACGACUGGGCCUCUGCUGGCUUUUCUUUCGGCGGUAAGGCCAUCUACAUCAUCACCUCUUCUUCUCUGUUGCUUGGUGUUCCUCUGGCUCUGUCCAUCAUGUCCGAGCAGCAGCUCAACGAGACGGAGGCCGAGAUGAAGCUGGCUCAGGGCUCUAACGACAUUGUUGCCCCCGGUGCUACCACUGCCGUGGCCCCCGCUGCCACCGCUUAA